GUUUCGGUUAAAUUUUGUGUAUUUCUUUCUUUGAUGCGAUUCGCAUUUUGCUAUGGGUUAAAUCGUGAAAAAUAUCACUGGAUAUACUUGAGCAUGUAUUCGAAUAAUAAUAUUCUAAAUUAGAAGCCAAUAGAUUUGACAAAAUACCAAAAAUGGCGAUCUGAAAAAACAAUUAUUUCGUAGCAGUUCUACGUAUAAUUGAAUCGCCUGUUGAAAAAUUGGCAAACAAACAGAAAACGAGGAAAAAUGCAGACAAUUAAAUGCGUUGUGGUCGGGGAUGGUGCAGUGGGUAAAACUUGUUUGUUGAUUUCAUACACCACAAAUAAAUUUCCAUCCGAAUAUGUACCAACAGUAUUUGACAAUUAUGCUGUGACUGUUAUGAUCGGUGGUGAACCAUAUACCUUAGGAUUGUUCGAUACAGCAGGUCAGGAGGAUUACGACCGACUACGUCCUUUAAGUUAUCCUCAAACUGAUGUGUUCCUUGUUUGUUUUUCGGUUGUGUCACCGUCGUCCUUUGAAAAUGUUAAAGAAAAGUGGGUUCCAGAAAUAACUCAUCAUUGUCAAAAGACUCCAUUCUUAUUGGUGGGUACUCAGAUUGAUUUACGAGAUGAUGCAGCAACUAUAGAGAAACUUGCAAAAAACAAACAAAAGCCUAUAUCGGCCGAACAAGGUGAAAAACUUGCCAAAGAACUGAAAGCAGUCAAGUAUGUGGAAUGCAGUGCUCUUACACAGAAAGGUUUGAAAAACGUAUUCGACGAAGCGAUCUUAGCAGCGUUAGAGCCUCCAGAACCAGUUAGAAGAAGACGAUGUAUCGUUUUGUAGAGAGCAACUAACGCGGUUUUUAAAAUCUAUUAGCGCUGUUCGGACGAUGAUUGCUGUAUGAGCUUGUCAUACGGUGCAUGCGAAAAUACUUUUCGACUAACGAUAGUUCGUCUGAUUGUCGGUACGAUCUAUCUUUCGUUUUCAACUCAUUCGAUACACACUCGAUUGGAAGAAAAAAAUUCAUCCAGAAAAGAUGAAGACGAGCAUUUUAUGUAUAAGAGGUACGCAUGUAUAUUAUGUGUGUACAUGUGCAUGUAUAUGUGUAUGAAUAUUCGCGUACAUAUAUAUGUGCACACAAGCGCGCACACAUACAAACACAAAGACACUCCUACAUUUAUCCUUUCGUCGACUGGUUCAUCGAAGAAAGAUUAACAGUUGGUUUUUACUUAAAUCAACUUGAGGCAGCGGGCAAAUAUCAAUGGUUUUUGGCAAUCGCGUGGAAGGAACAAUGUAAUUAUUGACAACCAUAAACAUCUACACGAAUUUCGUAUCAAAAAUACCUGUAAAACAUUCUUCUAUUUAAUAUGUAAGACGUUUUUAUUGAUAAAUUAGUAGUGUGAAUUUUUUAAUAAAUCAGUUUAAAAAAAAAAAAGAAUUAAGAUUG